AUGGGAUCCACGGCUAACAGUCUGCCAAACGACACCGAAUGGACUGUUUCCAAGAACUUCAGCACAACGGUUGCGUUUCGAAUUGCAGACGGCAUAGACCUGUACGUUCCUCUGCUGCUGUCGAUCUCGGGGAUUGUCUGCAACAUACUGGUCGUCAUGGUGAUGCAUUCGAAGUACUUCCGCCACAACUCGACAAGUUUCUACAUGAUGGUCAACGCCAUAGUGGACACCUCGAGCCUCGCCUUGGUCCUGCCCGCCCAUUGGCUGUACGUGAACUUCCCGGGACUGUUCGUGAAGACCCCACAGUCCCACGUCAUGUGCAAGUUCUUCAACUUCUUUGGCUGGGGGACCAGCGACUUGGGCAUUCUCCUCACCGUUGCCAUGACGACAGAACGCGCCAUCGCCGUGACCCUGCCGCUCAGGGUGAACUCCCUGUGCACGAAGAGGAGAGCCAAGAUUGGAGUCGCCGUCGUCACCGUCAUCGUCACCGUCAAGGACCUCCACUUUCUGAUGACGUCGGUGAUGGUGUCGCGAGGAGAGGCGGAAUACCUGUGCGAGGUGAGCACAGAGAAUCCAUUUUACUCCCUCUUCUGGACGACGCUGUGGCCGUGGAUUCACAACGCCUUCCUCCUGGCCUCCUUCGUCAUCAUCUCCGUGAGCAACGUCAUCAUCAUCAAGCACGUGAACAGGUCGAACAGGACAAAGUUCGUGAAAAACCUCUGCGGCCAGAAGAUCCACGGGAACACGGCGCGACUGCAGUCACGAGGUCGCCAGCUGUCGGUGAUGCUCGUCAUGGACUCGUUCACCAUCGUCGUCUUCACGCUGCCCUACUCCGUCAUCGUCACGGUGAUGUCUUCGGGCCACGGCACGGACGACAGCGACGUGGACAAGCUGAUGUACGCCGUGGCCUUCUACCUGCUGUACGUGAACCGCUGCGCCAACUUCUACCUCUACUGUCUCAGCGGCUCCAGGUUCAGGGACGUCUUGAAGCAGAUACUGUGCUGCUGCUGCUGCUGCUGCUGCUGUCGUCGGUCGGUGUUCGGCGGUCGUGGUAGCGGGUCUCUCUGGGCGAGUUAUUCACACACAUCCCCGCCGUUGUCGCCGUCCGGUCUGCCGACGUCGAUGAGUAAAAUAUCUGUGGCUGUUUGUAUGAACCCUUCAGGACCAGAUUAA